AUGAACCCGGAAGAAAAAAUUAUGGUAUUUAGGCCCACCUGGGAAGAAUUUAAAAACUUCAGUAAGUACGUUGAACAUAUGGAAUCCUUGGGUGCUCAUAAAGCGGGCAUUGCAAAAGUUGUUCCACCGCCACAAUGGAUUCCAAGGAAAAAAUCAUAUUUAAGUGAAGAUAUCAUGAAUAUUAAUAUCCCAGCUCCACAGUACCAAAAUGUAAUUGGAAAACUGGGAGUUUAUCAACAACGCAACAUAAUCGAACAAAAUAAUUCCAUGACCGUGGAAGUCUAUAAAUCAAUGGCUGAGUCACCAAAGUACAAUACUCCUAGUUUUUCAGAUUAUAAUGACCUCGAAAGAAAAUAUUGGAAAUACAUUAUGUACAAUAGGAAUCCAUUGUAUGGUGCAGAUGUAUCAGGAUCCAUUACAGAUACAGAUGUAAAUGAAUGGAAUAUCAACAAGCUAGAUACAAUUUUGGACCUUGUAGAAAAGGAUUAUGGAAUGAAAAUUGAUGGGGUUAAUUCAUCAUACCUUUAUUUCGGGAUGUGGAAAACAUCAUUCCCGUGGCACACUGAAGACAUGGAUCUAUACAGUAUAAACUAUAUUCAUUACGGAAGUCCAAAGUCAUGGUACGCAAUACCACCAUCACAGGGACGGCGUUUUGAAAUGUUAGCUAGCAAUUAUUUUCAAGAUUCUAAAAUAUGUUCAGCAUUUCUAAGACAUAAAAUGUAUUUGAUGUCGCCUACAGUAUUAAAAACAAAUGGCAUUAAAUUUGAUAAAAUUACACAGGAGUCAGGAGAAUUUAUUAUAACUUUUCCUUAUGGAUACCAUUCCGGUUAUAAUAAUGGUUUCAACAUGGCAGAAUCUGCCAACUUUGCUCUGCCCCGCUGGGUGGAAUAUGGAAAAAGAACGAGACUGUGCAGUUGUCGAAGUGACAUUAUUAAGAUCGAUAUGACAACAUUCAUUAAGAAAUUUCAACCUGAAAAAUUUGAAUUGUGGAAAAGCGGUAGAGAUAUCGGGUGCCAUCCGGAGGAUCCCACAAGAAAGUUUGCAGCACCUUUAGACGCAAUACCACCAUUCCAGGGACAGCGUUUUGAAAGAUUAGCUAGUGAUUAUUUUCCUGAUGUUUUUCAAGAUGUUCAGCAUUUCUAA